UCUGACAGUGUAGACUAGAGGUUAGGAUGGCGGCACACUGCUCAUCUCUGUUCCUCCACAAUGUAUAGAUUCUAACUGGAUGAACUGGAUUUGUGAGUCAUCGGUGACCUCCAUCAACACUUCUCUUCUCCAGAGGCAGAGCCAUGCGUCUGUGGAUGUGUGUGUUUUCUGCGCUGAUCCUAUGCGAAGAUGGGAAAGCGAAGGGAGCGUUCACUCCGCCUGGACAUCCUCUGCAUAUCAAUGACGGCAACUUUUCAGACCGGGAUCACAUGAAACAAGAGGCUUUUCAGAACCAACAAGUGUUGCUCCCGCUGUCAGAUCCUGCUUUUAACCUGAAGGUCCAGGUGAACAACGUGCUGAGUCGUGAGUCCCUGAGCCAGGCGCUGGUGGAGGUCUACAUCAACUACACCCUGUUCACCACUGCCCUCACUGGGGGGGACGGCAGCGUUCUGCUUCACGUUCCUUACCAAACUGGAACAACAAUCACACUUGUGGCCAGUAAGGAUGGCUAUAUCUGCACACUGCUGCCGUGUAAAACCGACCCAAUGCCAAUAUUUUCCUCCUUGACCAUGUCACUGCUUGGUCUGAACCAGGGGGACAUCUGGCUCUAUGAUGAUUCCGUCCUGAUCACUGGCAAAACAUCUGAUGCUUCUUCAAAGCCUGUUGUCCAGUUUCCCAAGAGCCUUCUGAAUCUGAGCGACAGCAGUAAUGCCACGGCUGUCAGAGCCUACCUGACCGUCCCGAAGCUGCCGGCAGAGGAGGAUGGCUUCCAGAACACUCUGGGCAUCAUGAGCACUAAAUCAGGAUACGUUGGUUUGGAGUUGAGUCCGGUGGCAGCUGUCAGUGUGCAGCUCUUCUCAGGAGACACUGAGUUACAUGUGAGGGGGGGGGGCAUUCAGAUCAGCCUCAGCAUUCCUGACAGCCGCGGACUCCAGACCUCCGAGGUUGUUCCGGCCUGGUUCUUUAACCGGACUACUGGUGGAUGGAUGAGGAAGGGGCUGGGGACAGUGGUGUCAGUGGAGGGGAAGCUCAUGUGGACAUUCACUGCUCCUCACCUGGGUUACUGGAUCGCUGCGCCUUUAUCACCCAAUAGAGGUUUCUUUGGACUUGCCAUCCCCAUUGACUUCAUCUUAAACCAUUCAUCUCUCCUGAUGGUUGUCCUGGGAGGGAUGCUUGUUAUUAUCAUCUGUCUUCUGGUUGGGUUAUUAUGUAAUCGCAGACGUUCGCUCAGUGAACCUAAAACCAAGAAGAUCCUACCAGCGGUGAGAAGAGACAAAACCACCUCCACAUGUGACGAUGAAUUAUUUGAAGAAGCUUCACUAGACUCCUCUCAUCCACAGAAUGGACUGAACCAAACCAUUACAGGGAGGGGGGAUAAUCGGCACAAUGGCAAUGUCAUACCCAACCCCAAUGCCGUGGCCAUUCGGGUGGAGUGUGGCGGAGUGGAGCUUAACCCUGACCUGAACGAUCUGAUGUGUCUGCAUGACCCUACGGAUCAGAUCAGGGCUCCCGUCUCUCUGGCUGAGAAUUUGUUCUUCUACAACCAGCCCAUUGCCAUUCUUCACGCCCCGGCAUUCUUCCAUUUGGAGGAACAGGCCCAGUGGAGCAAGUCGGCCGCUUCAGAUCCACUGAGUAAAGACGAGUUCUCCCAGGCCCCGGCAAAAGGUUCCUCUGCCACCCAGAACCAGGAAGUGGAAACUGAGGACCAGUCCGAGGUUCUAGAGGAGGCAUCAACUUCCUCCAACACAUCCAGCGGUCACUUCAGCCUCACGGAGUCAGCAUCGGUCCCAGGAACGUUGAAUAAAAUCCGGGGCAGCAGACGCUCCGUGCCCGCCUUGGGAGAGCUUUCUAAAAUCCCAUCGGCGCAGUCUCCAAGGGCCUGGUUUGUAUCGAUGGAGGGCAAACCUGCAGCUGAGAUCCAUUACGCAGUGUCUGAUCAGCAGAGGAGACGGGGGCCGGCCGACAGUCGAGAAACCAGCUUAGACUCAGGAGUGGACAUGAGCGAACUGAACCAGCCGUCUGGAAGGAGGGCUGUACCACUGGAGCGCAAAAACACUUUUAUCAAAAGCUCAUCCAGCAGUACACAAGGACCGCCACAGUAGAAACAGCUUUCUAAGUUCAUACAAACAGCUAUGGCAUGUCAUUUAUUUAACUCAUUGCUAAUUGUUUUACAUUAAAGGUGCAAUGUGUGAGAUAUUCACAUUGCAGAAGUAUCAUUUAAAACAUUAAAACAAUUAACAAACAUCAUCAGAAAGUGAAGAGAUAACAAUAUUGACAUUGUGUCAAAGACGUCUAUGUUUUGAGUUGCAGAUAUUUGGGAAAAACAAGAGUUUGCCACUUUUGACAUUGUUUUAUACAGAUUCAUGUUUUCCAAAUAUUGGUACAUCUCCCAGGGUUACCGCAUGCUCUGUUCCCUUGCAGAUUGGUCUCCAGGUGGCAAGAGGACAGGCGAAUGUGCGGGUCAAUCCCUUGUUUCUUGGUUUAUUCUAAUGACCAAACUAUCAGGGCGUACAUGAACCAAGCGUAUACAGUAGGUCGAUGCCACACAUGAAGACUAAAAGAUAGCUGUGUUAUUUUGACCGGCUCUCACAGUAAGGUUUUUAAAUUACUGAUCAAUUUAGAUUAUAUGGACCCAUAGGACAGGUGAAAUACUGGCACCUAUAUCUGUGGGGCAUGGCAAGGUGCCGAUCCAGGUUUAGGGUUAGAGGCCCAUCAGAUUCCACACAGUCUGUGCGUGGAAGCUGUUGCACAUGUACAAAAUUGUAAAAUGUCUUUAACCAGUAUACUCCAUUUUGCAAAGUGUCAGUGAUCAUUUCCUACCGAUGAGUUGCAUAUUACCCUAUGUAUCUGUCUCCAACGGGACAGAGACACAAUGUGAUUGAGAUGAAUGAGGUCAGAAUAACAGACGGACUACCAUGGCUAACUGAACAUGAUUGAACUCUUGUUAUUUUAACAAUGUUCUUUAAUUUGUAUUUGAUUUGCAUAUUUGUGUAUGCAUGUUUUUUGUGUACAUCAUCAUGAGGUGAAUCAUUUCAUUGUAUUUUAAUAAAAUAAAGCUGAC